AAACAAAAAUUUACCCUUAAAAAAUAUUGCAAUAAAAAAUCAGUAAAAUAACAAAAAGUAACAAAUACAUAAAAGCAAAAAGAAUACAAACACAAACGGCACUGGUCAAAAAUCUAGUAUAUUUAAUUUGUCAACAUCUCCUAGUUAUUAUUGUUUAUGAAUUCUUGGUGUAGAGUUAUUGGUCUUCGUUGGUGGCUUUUCUCCUAAUUCAAUCAAAACUAUUGGUGUUUCCUCUUUCUCUGUUCAUUAAUCAAAACAGCGAGUUUGGUUUUGUUUCUUUCUGAAAGUUUGAGCAAAGAUGGGAGGCUGUGUAGCACUAAAUUUCUCAUGUGAUCAAGCGGUGAAUCAAAUCUGCAGCUGCUUAUUUGGUAAUAGAAAUUACAUAUAUAUGAUGAAGGCUAAUCUUGGGGCUCUGGAGUCAGCUAGGCAAAAACUUCAAGAAAGGCGAGAAGAUCUGUUAUUAAGAGUUUCCAUAGAAGAAGAUAGAGGUUUGGAGCGGCUUCCUCAAGUUGAAGGAUGGUUGUCAAGGGUAGCAAGUAUUGACUCUCAGGUCAGUGAUCUGCUUAAGGUUAAACCAACUGAAAUCAAAAGAUUGUGUAUUUUUGGAUAUAUUUCCAAAAAAUGCAUAUCAAGCUGUAAGUAUGGUAAAGACGUAUGGAAAAAGUUGGAAGAAGUUAAAGAGCUUCUAUCUGAAGGAGUUUUUAAAGAGUUGGCCCGAAAAAGGCCUGUACCAAAGGUGGUGAAGAAAGAUAUCCAAACAACAAUAGGUUUGGAUUCAAUGGUUGGAAAGGCAUGGGACAGCAUCAUGAAACCUGAACGAAGAACGUUAGGUAUUUAUGGCAUGGGGGGAGUUGGAAAAACAACCCUCUUAGCUCAUAUCAACAAAAAAUUUGACAAAGAGGUGAAUGAAUUUGAUGUUGUGAUAUGGGUUGUGGUCUCUAAAGAUUUGCAAUACAAGGGCAUUCAGGAUCAGAUUCUAGGAAGAUUACGUGUUGACAAGGAAUGGGAAAAGGAAACAGAGAAGGAGAAAGUAUCUUCCAUAGCCAAUAUCCUAGGAAGAAAGAAAUUUGUACUGCUGUUAGAUGAUCUGUGGAGCGAGGUAGAUUUGAACAAGAUUGGAGUUCCACGUCCAAGUCAAGAAAAUGGAUCGAAGAUAGUUUUCACCACUCGCUCAAAGGAAGUUUGCAGAUACAUGGAAGCUGAUGAUGAUCUAAAAAUUAAUUGUUUGCCAAGGAAUGAAGCGUGGCAACUGUUUCAAAAUGUAGUUGGAGAAGUCGCAUUAAAGCGGCAUCAAGAUAUUCCAACACUUGCAAAAAGAAUUUCUGAAAAAUGUUAUGGCUUGCCACUUGCACUCAAUGUGAUUGGGAAAGCCAUGUCAUAUAGAGAGGAUGUACAUGAAUGGCGUCAUGCAGUUGAUGUUCUCAAUAAGUCUAGCCACGAGAAGUUUCCAGGUAUGGAAGAAAAGAUUCUCUCAAUUUUGAAGUUUAGUUAUGAUGGUUUAGAGGACGAUAAGGUGAAAUCUUGUUUCCUAUAUUGUUCUUUGUUCCCGGAAGAUUAUGAAAUAAAGAAGGACGAGUUGAUAGAGUAUUGGAUCAACGAAGGGUUUAUAAAUGGAAAGAGAGAUGAAGAUGGAAGUAACAACCAAGGUCAUGUUAUAAUUGGUUCCUUAGUUCGUGCACAUCUAUUGAUGGAGUUCGAAAAAGAAUUCACACCUGCUGUGAAAAUGCAUGAUGUGCUACGUGAAAUGGCUCUUUGGGUAGGGUCUACGUUUGGAAAAGAGGAAGAAAAACAGUUCGUCAAAACCGGUGUGAAGCUAAGCCUUAUACCAAAGGACAUCAACUGGUCAGUUUUGAGAAGGAUCUCGUUGAUGAGUAAUCGAAUUGAACAGACAUCUUACUGUCCCAACUGCCCCCACCUUUUGACUCUAUUUCUCGGGGAUAACGAUUUGAAGGGUAUACCGGGUGAAUUCUUUCAGUUUAUGCCAUCCCUUGUCGUCUUGGAUCUUUCGCGUAACCGCGAUCUUAGUGAAUUGCCUGAAGAAAUUUGCAGAUUGACUUCCUUGCAAUACCUCAAUUUAUCAUACACACGUAUAAGUUCUUUAUCAGCUGGUUUGAAGGGGUUGAGGAAACUAAUAAGCCUGGACCUGGAGUUUACCUGGCUUACAAACAUUGAUGGGAUAGGAACAAGCUUACCAAAUCUUCAGGUGUUGAAACUUUAUCAUUCAAGUGUUCAAAUUGAUGCAAGUUCGAUUGAAGAGCUUCAACUUUUAGAGCACUUGAAGGUUUUAACAGGAAACGUGAUAGAUGCUUUAAUGUUGGAAAGUAUCCAAAGAGUGGAGCGAUUGGCGAGUUGUAUUCAAUGCCUUUGGAUGAUUAAUAUCUCCACCGAGGUUUUAACAUUGAACACGGUAGCUCUGGGUGGUCUUCGAGAACUUGAUAUUGAGUUGUCGGGAAUAUCAGAGAUAAAGAUAGACUGGAAAAGCAAAGAGAAGGAUGAUCUUAUAUGUAACAGUACUUCUCCAUACUUCAAGCACCUCUCAAGUAUUGUUUUACGAAGUUUGGAAGGUCCAAAAGAAUUGACAUGGUUAUUUUUUGCUCCAAAUCUCAAGCAUCUAGAGGUGGCAUAUUCAGGAAGCCUAGAAGAAAUAAUAAAUAAGGAGAAGGGAAUGCAUAUUAGCAACGUGCAUCCUGAUAUGAUGGUUCCCUUUCAGAAACUAGAAUCCUUCAAUUUAAGGGGUUUGGAUGAAUUAAAGAGAAUAUGCUCAACUCCUCCAGCUCUUCCAUCCCUGAAAAAAUUUGUUGUCGAACACUGCCGAAAGCUCCCGAAAGCUGCCACAGCGAGUUUCCCAGACAUGAACAGGAAUGAAACAAUAUCUGAGAUUUCCUCUUUUUCUCGUUUUCAGUUCAGUGAAGAGAUGAAAAUGGAAGGGAAUGUGUUAACGCCUUGUUUGGAAGGAAUGAAACAUGUCAAAUCUGAACAAGGCGAGAUGCUUACUUUGCCUUUUCUUGACCUCUGCAAGAACCUCUUGCCCGCUAUUGGUAAGUUUGGAUUCGCUCUGACUAUCGUGAAAGCUGACAUUAGUGGGAACAUAUCGAGGUUGGAGAAGAACUACUUGUCUGAUCCAGACAAGUACAAGUGCUUGUACACCGUUGUUCAAGGUGAAGUCGAGUCGGAGACAGCAAAAGGAUCGUCUAGUUGUACCAACGCUCUUCUCUGGUUAACCAGAGCAAUGGAUUUCUUAGUGGAGGUAUUCCGCAACUUGCUAGCACAUCAAGACUGGUCAAUGUCACAAGCUUGUAGUGACUCGUACCAAAAAACACUUAGGAAAUGGCACGGAUGGCUCUCUAGCUCUACCUCUUCUAUGGGUUUAAAGCUUGCCCCAGACAGGAAGAAGUUCAUGGAGGUUACAGCUGGUUCUGGUGACAUGAAUGCCGACAUGGAAAGGUUUUGCUCAGAGUUUGGUAUGUUCCUUCAAGAAAAUCACAAAUUUCUGGCUAGUGUUGGUAUGGACGACAUGAAAGCUUCUUAAGCCACCAUAUGUUUACUGCCUGUAUAGAAUCUGUUUUUUUUUCCGGAAAUACUGUCUGGUUUAACUUUUCUCCUUUGGAUUCUAAAACUUAUAGACACUCCAAAAGAAAAAGAACAAUGUGUCCCAUUUCUAUCUGAAUGUUGUUGUUCACUUUAUACCAUAAAAGUUUAUAACUUACAAAUUAAUCUUCUCAUUAGUC